CGUGUGCUUGACUUGGUCUUGAUUUGUGUGCAGACCUUCCAGCGCAUUAUUGAGAGCACCAACGUCAUUAUCGCUACCUACUGUGACGACGAAGGACCGAUGGGAAAUGUUCAAGUUGACCCCUGCCAAGGAACCGUUGGUUUCGGCUCCAGUCAGCAAGACUGGGCUUUCUCUUUGAAGCAGUUUGCCGAGAUCUACGCCGCCAAGUUCAAGAUUGAGCCCGUAAAGCUCAUGAAGCGUCUCUGGGGAGACCAGUAUUACAGCGCCAAAGAAAGGAAGUGGAACAAAACCGGUGGUGAUGGAUACGUUCGUGGCUUCAAUCUCUUUGUACUGGACCCAAUUUUCAAGAUGGUCGACGCGAUUACAAACUCGAAGAAGGACGUGGUCGCCCAGCUCAUAGAAAGGCUCAAAAUCAAGAUCCCCAUCGAGGAUAAGGACAAGGUGGGAAAGCCCCUGAUGAAGUCCGUCAUGCGCCACUGGCUGCCAGCUGGUGAUGCUCUUCUUCAGAUGAUAACCAUCCACUUGCCAUCACCAAUCACCUCCCAGAAGUACCGUAUGGAGAAGUUGUACGAAGGUCCCCAUGACGAUGAGGCUGCCAUGGCCGUCAAGUCCUGCAACCCUGACGGCCAUUUGAUGAUGUAUGUCAGCAGUCUCGUACCGUUGUCUUCUGAUAACGGCCGCUCCUACGUGUUUGGCCGGGUAUUCUCCGGCAAAGUGUCCCCUGGACAGACUGUCCGCAUAAUGGGACCUAACUUUGUCCCUGGCAAGAAGGAAGAUCCAGUCAUCGAGAAGGUUGGCGGUACCAUGCUUAUGAUGGGACGUUGUGUUGAGGCCAUCGAGGAUGUUCCCUGCGGUAACAUGGUCGGUCUCGUCGGUGUCGACCAGUCCUUGGUCAAGACCGGAACCAUCACCACUUACGACAAGGCACACAACAUGCGCCUACCAGUAGCUUAGGAAGAUGUUUUGCUUUGGUGCGGCUGACAUUCAGACACUGAAUUGCUGGUGAAAUCAAUGCUGGUGUAUGCUAUGCAGUCAUGCUGUUCAUAUACCAGUAUACUGGUAUACCAGUAUACUGGUAAUACUUCUACAGAGAGCUGUAUUUGUUUGUCAAGUAUUUUACUCCACUUGUACAUCAUAAUAAUAAUAUACCUGCAUAUGGUCAUGUGCGGAGCGUAAAAACCGAG